UUGCAAUUUCAACGCAGUGCCCACUCACUAUAUGCAUGUUUCCGUUCCUGUAAAAUUUUAGGUUAUUGAGAUGGCUAGCAGUAGCAGAAACCUCUCAAUUUCAGCUCUGAGAAAUUACUAUUAUGAAGUGUUUGUGAGCUUCAGAGGUGAAGACACUCGCUACAAUUUCACCGAUUUUCUUUUCCACGCUCUCCAAACACAAGGCAUUUUUGCAUUUAGGGAUGACAGUAAUCUUCCAAAAGGUCAAUCCAUAGGACCCGAGCUCCUUCAUUCAAUCGAACAUUCUCAGAUUUAUGUUGUCGUCUUCUCAAGGAACUAUGCUUCCUCAACUUGGUGCUUGCAAGAAUUGGAAAGUAUAUGUGAAUGCGUUCAAGUGUCUGGAAAACAUAUUCUUCCUGUUUUCUAUGAUGUUGAUCCUUCUGACGUCAGACAUCAAAAAGGAAUUUAUGCUCAAGCUUUUGCCAAACAUGACUCUCAGAUGGUGCCAAGAUGGAGGGAAGCUCUAACACAGGUUGCCAAUCUCUCUGGAUGGGAUCUUCGUCAUAAGCCACAAUCUGCAGCGAUUAAAGAGAUUGUUCAAAAGAUAAUUAACAUAUUGGAUUGCAAUAUUUCAUGUGUUUCAAAAGAUUUAGUUGGUAUGGAUUCUCCUAUCCAAGAAUUAGAAAAGCUUUUACUUUUGGACUCGGUUCAUGAUGUUCGUGUGCUAGGAAUUUGCGGGAUGGGAGGAAUAGGGAAGACAACUCUUGCUACUGUUUUAUAUGAUCGAAUCUCUCAUCAAUUCGGUGCUUGUUGUUUUAUUGAUGAUGUAAGCAAAAUUUAUAGAUUACAUGAUGGUCCACUCGGUGCACAAAAGCAAAUUCUAGAUCAAACUCUCGGACAAGAGCACCAUCAGAUAUGCAAUCAUUACAACGCGACUAAUCUCAUACGACGUAGGCUAUGUCGCCAAAGGGCCCUUAUAAUUCUUGAUAAUGUUGGUCAAGUCGAACAACUAGAAAAAAUAGCUGUGCAUCGUGAAUGGUUAGGUGCUGGUAGUAGAAUAAUUAUCAUUUCUAGAGAUGAGCAUAUAUUGAAACAAUAUGGGAUGGAUGCAAUUUACCAAGUUCCCCUCUUGGAUUGGACUAACUCCUUUCAAUUAUUGUGUCGAAAAGCUUUCAAACUUGAUCACAUUUUGAAUAAUUACGAAGGGUUGGUUAAUGGCAUACUACAUUAUGCCAAUGGCCUACCACUAGCAAUUAAAGUAUUGGGUUCAUUUUUGUAUGGUCGAGAUAUCUUUGAAUGGAGAAGUGCAUUGGCUAGAUUGAGAGAAAGUCCAGACAAAGAUGUUAUGGAUGUGCUGCGAUUAAGUUUUGAUGACCUAAGGGAGACAGAAAAAGAAAUAUUUCUUCAUAUUGCUUGUUUGUUCCAUGGAAGUGAUAUGGAAUAUUUUAAAAACGUUUUAAAUUGUUGUGAAUUUCAUGUUGAUAUUGGAUUAAGGGUUCUCAUUGAUAAAUCACUUUUAAGCAUUGUAAACGAAAGUAUUGUAAUGCAUAAUUUGUUGAAAGAGCUAGGCAGAAAUAUUGUUUCAGAAAACACAAGCAAAGAGCCCAAGAAGUGGAGAAGGCUGUGGUUGGACAAACAACUCUAUGAAGUAAUGUUGGAAAAUAUGGAAAGGAAUGUUGAAGCCAUAGUUUUGGAUUAUCAAUCUGAAGACUAUGAAGAUAUGGAUGCAGUUCUAUUCGAAAACUUUUCAAAUCUUAGAUUGCUCAUCAUAAAUAAUGUGGACGUAUCGGGAAGCCUUAAUUAUCUUUCUAACGAAUUGAGAUAUAUUGAGUGGACGGAAUAUCCUUUCAUGUGUAUGCCAUCAAGUUUUAAGCCCAAUCAACUUGUUAAGUUGAUAUUGAAGUAUAGCAGCAUCAAACAACUCUGGGAAGGCAAGAAGAAUCUGCCCAAAUUGAGAAUCUUGGAUCUGAGCCACUCCAAAAAUUUAAUAAAGAUGCCAGAUUUUGGAGAGUUCCCGAAUCUUGAGCGGCUAAAUCUUGAAGGAUGUACUAAACUUGUGCUGUUGGAUCCAUCUAUUGGGCUUCUAAAAAAGAUUGUUUCCUUGAAUUUAGAAGAUUGCAAAAGUGUAGUAAGCAUACCCAACAACAUAUUUGGUCUCAGCUCUCUUAAAGAUCUAAAUCUGUCUGGGUGUUGUUUCAAAGAGUUUAACAAUACAAGGCACUUGAAUAUAUGUGAAAGUGCAUCACAUUCUCAAUUAAUUUCCUCCAUCUGUAAUUGGACCACAAAACCUUACCAUUCCUUGUUACCCACUCCCACAACAGAAACAAUAAUGUUUCCUUCCUUGCUUAGCUUAUAUUGUUUACGUGAAGUUGAUAUUAGCUAUUGUGGUUUAAGCCAACUCCCAGAGGCUAUUGGAUGUUCACGUUGGUUAGAAAUGUUAAAUCUUGGGGGGAACAAUUUUGUGACACUGCCUACCCUUAGGGAGCUUUCCAAACUUGUAUAUUUGAACUUGGAGAAUUGCAAGCAAUUGGAAUCUUUGCCAGAGCUUCCUUUUGCUGCUACUAUCGAGCAGGAUCUUCAUAAGAGCAAAUAUUGGAUGAGAAUAGGAUUGUUCAUUUUUAACUGUCCUAAAAUAAGUGAUAAGGAACAAUGCAGUAGAAUGACAUUUUCAUGGAUGACACAAUUCAUUCAAGUGAACAGAGAAUACCCUGCCUUCUUCUACAUUGGUAUUGUCAUUCCAGGAAGUGAAAUGCCAAGUUGGUUCAACAAUCAGAAUGUUGGUAGUUCAAUACCUGUAUCUUCUGUUAUGCAGGACAAGGGCAAUAGUAUUGUUGGCUUUUUAUGUUGUGCAGUGUUUUCUUUAGCACCUCAUUAUCCAACAAUGACAAGUAGUUCUCGAUGGAAACCUCCGGCCCAGAUGACAAUGCAUGCAUUAAACAACAUUGCCUUUCUUCCAAUAUUUGUUGAUGAAGAUCUUAUUACUGUCAAAUCAAAUUACAUCUGGCUAAUCUAUUUUCCUUGGAAGUCAUCCUAUGAUGUUGUGGAUCAUCGUUUACGUGUUGAAGCUCAUAUGUAUGGAUGCUUGGAUGUGGAGGUAAAGAAAUGUGGGUAUCAUUGGGUAUAUAAACAAGAUCUACAAGAGUUCAACUCAACAAUGAUGCAUCCCGAAAAUAUGUUAACUCUGAAACGCAAGUUUUUGGCAAUUGAAGAUGAGACACAACCACAACUACACUCUCGGAUGGCUAUGGCAAGCGGCAGCAGCUCCUCCUCUUCGGCUCUGGUAAAACUGCCAUUGAGGAAGAAUUUUGAUGUGUUUGUGAGUUUCAGAGGUCAAGAUACUCGCUUCAAUUUCACAGAUCAUCUUUUUGCUGCCUUUGAAAGUAAAGGUAUUUUUGCGUUUAGGGAUGACAAUAAUCUUCAAGAGGGAGAAUCCAUAGGACCUGAACUCCUUCGUGCAAUCGAAAACUCUCUGAUUUUCGUUGUGGUCUUCUCUAUCAACUAUGCUUCUUCAACUUGGUGCUUGCGAGAAUUAGAACAUAUCCUUCAAUUAAGUCAAUUAUUUGGAAAACGAAUUUUGCCUAUUUUCUAUGAUGUUGAUCCGUCUGAAGUUAGACAACAAAAAGGAAGCUAUGCUGAAGCCUUUUCCAAACAUGAUCAAAGGUUUAAACAAGACUCUCAAAUGGUGCAAAGAUGGAGGGAAACUUUAACACAGGUUGCCAAUCUCUCCGGUUGGGAUGUUCGACAAAAGCCACAGUCCGCAGAGAUUAAAAAGAUUGUUCAAAAGAUAAUCAGUAUAUUGGAUUGCAAAUCUUCAUGUGUUUCAAAAGAUUUAGUUGGUAUGGAUUCUACUAUGCAAGAAUUAGAAAAGCUUUUACUUUUGGACUUGGUUAAUGAUGUCCGUGUGGUAGGAAUUUGCGGGAUGGGAGGAAUAGGGAAGACAACUCUUGCUACUGUUUUAUAUGAUCGAAUCUCUCCACAAUUUGGUGCAUGUUGUUUUAUUGAUGAUGUAAGCAAAAUUUAUAGAUUACAUGAUGGUCUACUCGGAGUACAAAAGCAAAUUCUAGAUCAAACUCUUGGCCAAGAGAACCAUCGGAUAUGCAAUCAUUACAACGCGACUAAUCUGAUACGAUACAGGCUACGUCGUCAAAAGGCCCUUAUGAUUCUUGAUAAUGUUGAUCACAUUGAACAACUAGAAAAAAUAACCGUGCAUCGUGAAUGGUUAAGUGCCGGUAGUAGAAUCAUUAUCAUUUCUAGAGAUGAGCAUAUAUUGAAACAGUAUGGGGUGGAUGAAGUUUACCAAGUUCCUCUCUUAGAUUCGACUAACUCUUUUCAUUUAUUCUGUCGAAAAGCUUUCAAACUUGAUCACAUUUUGAGUAGUUAUGAAGGGUUGGUUAAUGACAUACUAUAUUAUGUCAAUGGCCUUCCACUAGCAAUUAAAGUAUUGGGUUCAUUUUUGUAUGGUCGAGAUAUCUCUGAAUGGGAAAGCGCAUUGACUAGAUUACUAAAAAGUCCAGACAAAGAUGUCAUGGAUGUGUUGCGAUUAAGUUUUGAUGGGCUAAGGGAGACAGAAAAAGAACUAUUUCUUCAUAUUUCUUGUUUUUUCAACGAGUUGAUGGAAAAAUAUGUUAAAAAUGUUUUAAAUUGUUGUGAAUUUCAUGCUGAUAUUGGGUUAAGGGUUCUCAUUGAUAAAUCACUUGUAAGCAUUGCAGAUGAAAAGAUUGUAAUGCAUAAUUUGUUGGAAGAGCUAGGCAGAAAUAUUGUUGCAGAAUACACAAGUAAAGAGCCCAGAAAGUGGAGAAGGUUGUGGUUUGACAAACAAUUCUACGAUGUUAUGUUGGAAAAUAUGGAAAAUAAUGUUGAAGCCAUAGUUUUGGAUCAUGAAUAUGAAGACUAUAGUGAGGUUGAUGAAGAUAUGGAUGCAGUGAUAUUUGAAGACUUUUCAAAUCUUAGAUUGCUCAUCAUUGAUCAUGUGAAUGUAUCGGGAAGCCUCAACCGUCUUUCUAACGAUUUGAGAUAUAUUGAGUGGAGUGGAUAUUCUUUCAUGUAUUUACCAUCAAGUUUUCAACCCAAUCAACUUGUUGAGUUGAUAUUGAAGUAUAGCAGUAUCAAACAACUCUGGGAAGGCAAGAAGAAUCUGCCCAAAUUGAGAAUAUUGGAUCUGAGCCACUCCGGAAAUCUAAUAAAGAUGCCAGAUUUUAGAGAGUUCCCGAAUCUUGAGCGACUAAAUCUUAAAGGAUGUAUUAAACUUGUGUCGUUGGAUCCAUCUAUUGGGCUUCUAAGAAAGAUUGUUUCCUUGAACUUAGAAGAUUGCAAAUGUCUAGUAAGCAUACCCAACAACAUAUUUGGUCUCAGCUCUCUUAAAGAUCUAAAAAUGUCUGGGUGUUCUCGAUGUUGUUUCAAAGAGUUUAACAAUACAAGGCAUUUGGUUACAAGUGAAAGUGCUUCACAUUCCCAAUCAACGUCCUCCAUCAACAAAUGGACCACAAAGCUUUACCAUUCCUUGUUUCCCCCUCCCAUAACCAACACAGUUAUGUUUCCUUCCUUGCUUAGCAUAUAUUGUUUACGUGAAGUUGAUAUUAGCUAUUGUGGUUUAAGCCAACUCCCAGAGGCUAUUGGAUGUUUACGUUCGUUAGAAAUGUUAAAUCUUGGGGGGAACAAUUUUGUGACACUGCCUAGCCUUAGGGAGCUUUCCAAACUAGUACGUUUGAGCUUGGAACAUUGCAAGCGGUUGGAAUCUUUGCCCGAGCUUCCUUUCCCUACCACUAUCCAGCAGGAUCUUCGAAUGAUCAAAUAUUGGAAGAGAUUAGGAUUGUUCAUUUUCAACUGUCCUAAAAUAAGUGAUAAGGAACGAUGCAGUAGGAUGACAUUUUUAUGGAUGACACAAUUCAUUCAAGUGAACAGAGAAUACCCUGCCUUCUUUAAUGUUGGUAUUAUCAUUCCAGGAAGUGAAAUACCAAGUUGGUUCAACAAUCAGUGCGUUGGUAGUUCAAUUCCUGUAUCUCUUGUUAUGCAGGACAAGGGCAAUAGUAUUGUUGGCUUUUUAUGUUGUGCAGUAUUUUCUUUCGCACCUCAUUAUCCAAGAAUGACAAAAAGUUCUCAAUGGAGACCUCAUGCCCUGAUUACACUGUAUGCACUAAACAACAUUGCCUCUCUACCAAUAUUUGUCAAUGGAGAUGUUAUUAGUGUCAAAUCAAAUCACAUAUGGCUAACCUAUUUCCCUUGGGAUUCAUCCUAUAAUGUUCUUUAUGAUGGUUUCCAUGUUGAAACUAAUAGCAAUGGAGGCUUAGAUGUGGAGGUGAAGAAAUGUGGGUAUCGUUGGGUGUAUAAACAAGAUCUACAAGAGUUCAACUCAACAAUGAUGUAUCCCGGAAAUAUGUCAGCUCUGAAGCGCAAGUUUUUGGCAAUUGAAGAUGAGAAACAACCACAACUACACUCAUUCAGACGAUGAAAUAAAUCCUAACUUGUAGCAACUAUGCUCACACGCAGUUUGAUCAAACUUCAAGACUGUUGGAUUAUUUUCCAAUCCACUGUGUUGUGUAGUUAUAAGGUAAAAACAAAAGCUCAUCAAAUUAUAAAAAGUUUUCAACCAGUUUUCAUUGUGAUUGCUAGGAGACACAUUAAGCAAAUGGCAACCCUUGUACUCAUAAUAUAGAAGAACCAACACAUGGACAAGAAGGUCAGGGAGAGUCUCUACCAAAUGGAUAACAAAGAGGAAACAUUGACUUGAUUUUCAUCUCUGUUAUCACAAGAAGGCCAACAAGUGGAAAAAUAGGGUUCUGAAGUUAACAGAAGAUUGUUAGAUUAAGGUGUAAUGUUUACAUAAGGAUAAUACAGUUUAGGUAGGUAUUUUUGUCCAAUAAGUUUUCACUGUAUUUGGAUCCAUAUUUUUGCAUAUAAUAAUAAUAUGGUUGUUCUUUUUAGUUAUUUUAUUCACGUUUCAUUCAAGUCAUAUUGCUCAUGAUAUCACCCAAUAGUCAUUCCAGGAAUGCAAGUUCCCCAAGUUAGAAAAAUGAUCUGUGACAAAGCAUGAAAAAUUUGAGGACACGUUAUUAUGAUGCAUCAAGAGUCACUAGAAAUGGUAGAGGUUGAUUUAGAACAAGAAUUAUUCCUCAUAUGAGAAUUAACUCAGUAAUUAUUCAUAUAUAUAAACAUGUUUAAUACUACUAUCAUAAUAAAUAAUCAUUUUAGAAUUAGAGUUCUAAUCUUGCAAGUGAGCCCCUCCUUCACCGCACCAGAAGUUUAAGUCCAUCGUAGUAUGUCGCAACCACUGUUCUUCGAUCAAUUCUGGUUCCGUACCCGAACAAUGAUGUCGUCUGCGGAAAUUGACUACUGAUUCCCGUGUUUUCCACAAUUGAACAUAUUCACUUCGAUUCAUCGAUUCGAAGCUCUCUCAACCUGUCAGAUCCGAGUUCCUGAGAUCGAACUUCAGAGCCACUGUUCUCGAUCUAUUUUGGUAGGCGGCCAACUCUAAUUUUCAGAAUUUCUUAAUCUUUAAUCUCCCUUCCAGCGAAUUUCAGAAUUUCGCUUCGUCGCUCAACGGUAAUACGGUUAAGUUUUAAGAGCAGAAAUGUUGUGAAUAGCCACUAUGCUGUCAUUCCAGUAACUCUUUAUAGCUAUCUUAUAAAGGUAAAAUCAAAUCAUAUGUGGAUAAUCUAUUUCGCUAGGGAAUUUCUUUUUAGUUUGCUGAGCUGUAUAGAUAAUACAACACUUUGGGAUCUUGAUUAUUGCAUCAAAAUGGAAGCUUCUGUUACAAAUGGCCAAGGCUUGCAUAUGGAGGUAUUGAAUUGCGGAUUGAGUUGGGUAUGUAAACAGGAUCUACAACCAUUUUUUACUUAACUAUGAUGUGUUCUGGAAUCACAUGAGCCACAUAUCUGUGAUGGAAGAAGAGCCACAGCCAGAACCGCAUGAACUAUAAGUUAACUCAGACUACAGCAAGAGUUUGAUGGUCGAAGUCAUUAGGUAAUUCGUUGUGCACAAUAUUACUUUGUUUGUAUUGUUGAUUGUUAAGACUGUGAUGAUUAAAAGUUUGAUAGAA